CAAUUCGUUAAUAUUAACGAAAUCAGUUAAUUUAAUAAGGUAAUUCUGUUCACGCCCACAGGCAAUAAACUUUAGGAAACGCAUUACACUUCGGGCAAUGAUAACCGGUGAAACGGAGCUAAAUCUUUACACAUACAGAUUGCUUUGAACAUUUUGGUACUAAUUCAGAUAGCCUUACGACGUCCUGUUUCCAGGAGAAAAAGUCAACUUUUCUUUUCCUGAUUUGAGAGAAUUUACUGACAAAUUUCAUGUCUCCCCCCACCACCCCGGACAUUUCCUUUUAGAACAGCGCCCUUGCAUCGAAUGUGCCUGGAAUGAAGAGUUGUGUGUGAACUGCUCGCCCACAUACUUCCUUAAACUCUGCUGCCCGCCGAAUUAAGUGGAGGAUUCGUAAGUGGCACACUCAUCCUCUACCAUACUCGGCGGACCUCCACUACCGAGGGUCACAAGUUCCUCAUUGGAUUGGCCGGCCCCGAGCAAUAGAGUCGCGGCGGCCAUGCACUGGCGCCUCCCAUUCUCUCAUCAAGAUUUUUACUGAAUGAACAACGCGGUGACGUGCAGGAAAUUGCGUGUCUUCUGGAGAAGUAAAUGAGAUGAAGAGGUAGGAAAAUAAGAGAAAGUGGUGACUGGUGCUGAGCGGGGCGAAGCGAUGGCGAUCCAGCUUUGGAAGUGACUGCAGUCUGCAGGAUCCCCCUUUCCUUUGCGCAGCGCCUAGCAACGCCUUGGAGGACGGCGUGUCCAAGCGUUUGCACGGGGGUAUCUGGGAAGCGGAAAACCAGGGGGGGAGGGGAGAGGAGAGACCGAGGUCCCCUUCUGUGGAUUUGGCGGCAUUUUGCAAACGGUAGCCCUGGUAAUCACUUCGAGGGGACGAGAAGUGUGUGUUAACUCCGGCCCCCGCGCCCCAGCUGGCCGCUGCCUAUUCUUCCCCAGCCCGGGGACUCUAGUCCACUCCAACCUUGCGAAGCAGUGCGGUUACAAUCCGCCAGGAAAACCCCGGUCCAACGAGAGACGGAGAGAGAGGAAAAAGUUAAUUCCUCUUUCCUUCAGCGGAAGGCGCAGACAUUAUCCACCGCCACUUCUGCCCAAUCAGAAAACUUCAGGCUGUAAUCGAAGUUAGGAUCAGACACAGUUUGAGAAAGUUUUAAAAAAUAUAAAGAGCAACUUGCGGCGAGCCGAGGGCGGAACUUUCCCCUGGCGGUAAGGAGGGAGGCGGUUUAAAACCAACACGUUCAGGAGCAGUUGGAACAACAACGGAGUUUAUUUGGAAAAAAACUGAAGAAAUCCCCUUCGUUGAAGAAGAGCAUGCUUGGGGGAAUACAAACACAUUUAAAUAAGGUCUGAGGAGGCGGAGAACAGCCGAUUGAUAUCCCAGAGUCUGGGGAAAACACCUCUCUUUGCAGGAGAGGAGUCUGAAAGGUGUUUUCCGAGGAUGUGCAGUGGUUGGUUCUGAAUUCCGAUUUUGUAUAUUGGAUUUUGAUCGGCAACGUCGUCUCCCUACCCCGGACCCUCUUUUCCCAGACCGAAAAAUGUCAUACAGCAGCCGAGACCUGGUGUGCCACUACCUGUACUACCGGCUUUCCCGGCAUGGCUACGUGUGGGAGGAACCGCCGGACACCGCCGACGGCAGCCAGACCGUGCGCAGCGGGUCCCUUCGCUCUCCCGCUCACGCUGCCGCCGCCGAGAAGGCGCACCGCGUCCUGCGGGAGGUGGGCGACAGCUUCGAGCGCCAGUACCAGCAGGAGUUCGCUGACAUUGCGCUGCAGAUGCGCUUCGAGCCCGACACCGCCCGCCGCCGCUUCGAGGCGGUGGCCGAGGAGCUAUUCCGCGACGGGGUCAACUGGGGCCGAGUGGUGGCUUUCUUCGUGUUCGGGGGCACCUUGUGUGUGGAGAGCAUCAAGAGGAGGGACAUGGCGUCGCUGGUCGACAGCAUAGCCGCCUGGAUGACCGCUUACCUUGACGGCAGCCUCACCGAUUGGAUCCGCGCCAAUGGAGACUGGGACGCCUUUGUCGAACUUUAUGGAAACAAUGUGCAGCCUCUUUUCCAUGUUCCAUGGCCUUCGCUUAGGACUGUUUUGAGCAUUGCUGCAGUGGGGGCUUGUGUAACCUUUGCUUACCUGGCCCAUCAGUAUUAGCCACAAUUAUUCAAGAGAUUUUUAUCAGAGCUGCUUGUAGGGGCGCUUUCAUAUUACAAACUUGUGGUUUUUAUCUAUCGGGAUUCAAUUAUCACCCACAGUCUCCUUCUUGUAUUUAUAAUCAUUGAAGCUUUGAUCUUGGUGGCGGUGUUUGGGAAAAUGUUCGCAGGAAGCAAAUGGUAGAAGUACAUUUAACCACGGGUUGGAUUUCCUAAGGCUGGCCGGAAUCUACAUUUCAUAAGGACUCUUGCUUGGUGUUUCACAUCCAGGAAAACGAGAAUCCUGAUUUUGGUCAUGUCUCGCAAUGAGGCAUUACAACUAAUUAUAAAGCAGUAACGGACAGAUAAACACGGUGGACUUGUGAUGGGUGGGCUCACAAUAACCCACUGAGCUGGUGUUGACAAUGGAGGCUUGGGCAGCUGUGUGAACCAAGUCUCCUAAUGAAGGUGAAAUUCAUUGUAUUGUUUAAGCAAUCUGCAUGCAAGUAUCUAACUGCCUCCAGUAGAAUCUCCUUGAAUGCCUGAGAAGUAGUUCUGCUAGAUAUGGAAAUGUAACUGAAUGGUUUAGUAGCAUGGUUACUAAAUUAACCAUGAGAAUAAACAGCGAGGGGGUAUUACAUGAGUACUUCAACAGAAUAGAAACAUGAUAUUGAGCUUGCAUUUAGAGCUGUUUGUGAUGGAAAUGCUCCUAAUAUAUGAAUUGAAUAAUUCAGGAAUAAAUGAGAAAUGAGACAGGAAGGGGAGAAGAGGGUUUAUCAGUUUUACAAAGUGAGGUUAAUUGCUUAUGUUGCCAAUUACAAGCACUGUUCCUUUUCUAAAGUGAACUAUAAAGCGUACAAUUUUCUCCAGUAUCUGAUUUGGAAUGUCAGUUUGUAAAGUUUUCUGUGAUUUAAUGUGAAAAACAUAUUUAAUGAACUUUAGAUACCAAGACAAAAUUUUAUAUUAUUAUUUUUGCCAUGGUUGCUAUUGUAUGAGAUUAAUUUUAAAACAAAGGAGUCCAUUCCAUUUCCUUUUAAACUUAACUUAAAAGUCAUUUUUAUUUAAAGUUUACAGUUAUUAUUAACAAGCUGCUAAUAGGGAAGCUUCAUCGUGUAUUUCUAUGUGGAAUUAAUACCAAAAGGUAAUUCUGAAGCAGUUGUGUGAAUUUAAGAUACAGUUCACUUUGGAAAUUGCAGCUAGUUUUGAACCGCUGGAGAUUUGCAGAAUUCUGCUCGCCACUGAAAUGUGGAAUGUUCGGUCUUCAAAGAAGGAAGGUUGUGAUUUUAGCUCAUGGAAAUGAUUGCAUGGGAAAACAAAUCUUGGUUUGCUUUUUGAAUGGAGUUUGACUUCAGCUUCUGUUGGGAAGCUCACUGUUCUUUACAGUGUGACCAACUACAAAUGACGAUUGCAGCUUGAAAAAUCUGACAAUUUACACUGUGUUUUGAUGCUCUCCGACUGGAGACUUUACCACACCCGCUGAAAAUUAAGUGAAUUGAGGAUUACCAGAUACAAUGGAAAAGCUAAUCAGCUUGUAGGAGUGUUCCUAUCUACUCUCAGAAAUCAACGUCAACCUACCAGCAUUAAAAAAAGACAAAGUGAAUGUAAAGAAUUGAGUACAUCUGAAAAUAUCCUACAGCUAUAACAGUAUUGUAAGUUCAUGUGUGGAGUGACCAUAAAGGAUUAUCAGGAAUAUUAAGUACAUUUUGGAAUAAUAAGCUUGUAUGUGGGUGAAAACGAUAUUUCUGAUCAUUAUACUUUCUGUAAUUUGUAUGUUUGUGUAUCUGCCGUGCACUCUCGUCUAUCAGUUCAUUAACAGGGUGGAUGUGACCAUGUCAUUUUGGAAGCUGUUCGUUUGCAUAGGAUGUAAUAUGUUCCAUGACUUAUUGUCACCACUGUUUGCAUACUUCUGUGCUAUUGUACUCAUACUCUCUACUAUGUGCAAUCUGUCACUCUGAUGAGCUCUGAUUUGGUAAAGUUUCAAACCUGGAAAAGAGCUUUUAGGUGAAAUAACCAGAAAAGCACUUGGUUUUAUUGAGGUCAGGUAUACAAGUUAUUGGCUUCUCAAUCAAGAGCAAGUCCAACCCAGCCCAAAGUAUUCAUGUGCUUUUUUAUUUUGGGGGGGGGGGGAGGGGGAGAAUUAAAUUUACAUGGGAUUUUUCUAACCCAUCUUAGAAGCUCAGCAACAACCAACCAAAAGUAUCUCCUUAUCCUUAGUCUGAAAUAGAUCCCAGGUAUAAUCUUAAUAUUGAUUCUUUAUUUAAAAAGGGCAAAAUAAGCGGCUGCUGAAACCCCAUCACCCACCAGACAGCUACUCAGUUGCAUGUGCGCCGUUGUUCUAGAGUACUGGAUGCAAGGCAAUGUCUGAAAUACUUGCAGAAAUGAAAAUCAAUUACAUAUUUUUUCCAAAUAUCUCUCUCCACAGCAUCUGGAAUAAGUGAGGCUACCUUUAUUGGAUGGAUUUGAUUCUCUUUUCAAAAUUUAUUAUGAAUAUGCAAAUAUUGUUUAGGCAAUGAUCCUAGGCAGACUUCACAACCUUUGUGACUAUUAUGCAAAGUGCUCAGAAUGAGAAUCAUCAAACAGGAGGAAAUCUGCAGACGCUGCCUGGCUUGCUGCAUUCCACCAGCAUUUUGAGAAUAAGAAUCAUGUUUAUUUUUCACCAGCAUAUAAUGUGAAAUUUGUUGUUUGGUCUUGCUCUUGGAGCACAUAGUAAUUAUUUACUUGGAGCAGUAUUUUUUCAAAAUCAUGACCAAACGUAGAUCGUAUUUCUAAAGUUGCUGAUAAUAGUUCAUGAAUUUUGCAUUUUGAAUAAUGUAGUUGAGGCCUCCUCUGAACAGGAAUUAAUUGUUUUUGAGAAGUUUUAUCCCUACUCUAGAGCCUCUUUUUUAUUUAGUAUACACCAUAAAAUUCUUCCCUCCUCCCACUUCUCACCUGUCUGGUGACCCUCCUCCUUCCCUUUCUCCCAUGGUCCACUCUCUUCUUGUAUCAGAUUCCUUCUCCUCCAGCCCUUUACCUUUCCCACACACCUGACUUCACCUUCAGGCUAUCCUCUUUCCCCUCCCCUCACCUUUUUAUUCUGGUGUCUUCGCUUUCUCUUUCCAGUCCUGAAGCGGGGCCUCGGCCCAAAACAUCAACUGUUCAUGCAUGUCCAUAGAUGCUGCCUGUCCUGCCGAGUUCUCCAGCAUUUUGUGUGUGUUGCUUUAGUUAGCUGACUGCAAUAAAACUCUGGUCUGUUGUCUGAUUUAGCAUCUGGCUCGCUGGGUGCUGGUUCCUAAUCUCCCUAUAGUUCCCCAUGGCCGUAGUCCACGUGCACUUUCAGAACUUGCUGGGUUUGGUGGAAAAUUUAUUAUACUGCUACACUGUAUAAUAUCUUUAAACAAGUGAAUUUAAAGAGUAUUAAUUAGAAUAGCAAAGUUUGCUAGUCAGCACCACCAGAGUCCCAUGUGUGCUGGAUUAAAAACUUUACUGCAUUUGUUAAUAUUUCUAAUGCAAUAGACUGUCAGGAAAAUAUACAUCUAACAGGUAAUCUUGGAGUUGUACAGUACAGAAAUGAUUGCCAGCCCACCAUUGCCCGUUGCCCCGAUUCUCAUUUACCUGCACUUAGGACUGCAUCCUUCUAUGUUAUACUAUAGAUGUAUAAGACAUUGGUGAGGCCUAAUUUGGAAUAUUGUGAGUAGUUCUGGUCACCUACCUACAGGAAAGAUAUCAGUAAGAUUGAAAAAGUACAGGGGAAAAUGUAUAAGAAUGUUGCUGGGACUUGAGGACCUGAGUUAUGGGGAAAGGUUGAAUCAGUUAGAAAUUUAUUCCCUGGAGUGUAGGAGAAUGAGGGGAGAUUUGAAAGGGGUAUAUAAAAUUAUGAGGGAUAUAGAUAGGGUAAAUCAAGGAGGCUUUUUCCACUGAGGUUGGGUGAGACUAGAACUCAAGAUCAUGGGUUAAAUGAGCAGGACAUGAGGGGGAUCUUCUUCACUGAGAGGGUGGUGAGAGUGGAAGGGACUAGGCAGUAUAAUACUUUGACGUAGACUAGAUGAGCCUGUUUCUGUGCUGUAAAGUAAUAGUAUCUGAUUCCACCACCACUUUUUCUGGCUCACAUUCCAGAAAUCAGUCACUAUCUCUCAUUUCUUUUAAAGGUGUACUUUAACCCUAAACCUCAAAGCAAAAUUCAUUAUCAAAGUCUGUAAUGUGUCACCAUACACUACCUUGAGAUUCAUUUUCUUGCAGGCAUUUAUAGGAAAAUAAAGAAAUAAAGUAGAAUUAACAAAAAGCUCUGGGUAAAUAAAGACUGGCAAUAACCAAUGUGCAGUUCACGAGUCCAUGAUGUCUGAACAUAAUAAUUGUCUGUGAACUUGGUGGCGUGGAACUUGAUGCUUCUGUAUCUCCUGCUCGAUGGCAGCAGUGCGAAGACAGCAUGGCCUGGAUGGGGAUUAUGGGGGGCAAGGGGCAUCCUUGAUGGGUGUUGCUUUCUUUUAGCAGUUCUCCUUGUAGAUGUCCUCGUUGGUGGGGAGGGCUUUGCCUGUGAUGGACUGGGCUGUAUCCACUGUUUUCUGCAGACUUUUCCAUCCUGAGUCUCCUAUCAUUAUUUAAACUACAGCCUCUUGUAUUUGAUGCUCAUACCUCAGGAGAGAGGCUUUGAUCAUCUAUACCCAUUAGGUCACCCCUUAGCCUCCCUCAUUCCAGGGAAAAUGAAUCGAGCCGAUUCCAUUUCCUUUUCAUAAUGGAAGUUCUCCAAGCCACACAACAUCCUGGUGAAUCUCCUCUGUACUCUCCCCAGCACAGUCAAAUUCUUCCUUGGGCAUGGUGAUGAGAGCUGCACACAAUGCUGUUUUGUGAAUAACAUCCCAGCUCUUCAAUGCCCAGACCUAUGCAUCUCUAUAUGCCCGCCUUCACCAUCCUAUCCACCUGAUUUGCCACUUUCAGGGAACUGUUGGCCAGGUCUCCUAAUCCCUGUUGUUCAAUGUUCCCAAGUACCUUACCAAUGACCAUGUCUAUCCCAAAAUGUACCACCAUGGAUUAAAUUUCAUGUACUAUCGCUCUGUCCAUCUUUCUGACAGAUCUAUAUUCUACUGUAGCCUUAGAUAAUCCUCAGCACUAUCCACAUCAAUUUUAUUGUCAACAGCAAACUUUCAAAUCAUAACUCGAACAUUCACAUUCAAGUCAUUCAUGUAUAUGAAGUAGUCACAGACUUCCAGUCUGAAAAAAAUCCUACCAUCAUUACCCUUUGCCUUCUAUCAAUAAGGCAAUUCUGCAUUCCAUGUGCCUUAAUGUACAGGAGCAGACCAAGGUGUACAACCUUGACAAAUGCCCCCAUAUAGACAAUAUCUACUGUACUAAUAUCUACCAAUAAUCUUGAUUACUUCCUUCAAAAAAUUGAUCAUAGUAGUGAGACAGGAUUUGCCCCUCAAAAGUCAUGGCCGAUUUUCCUUAACCAGUCCUUGCCUUUCAAAAUGAAUGUAACUCCAGAAUUUUCUUCAGUAAUUACCAGCCUUUAGUAGAGAGAUUUACCCGAUGAGCUUUUUUGCUGUAUACUCCCAUGUUUGUUGGUCAAUACUAAGGCAGCUCUAGCAUCAUUUGGAGGUGACAUGAUAAACAAUUCUGAUUGUCAGGCUUUUAUCCUUUGAUAUGAGUUCUGAUAGAAUGCACUUUCACGGGUUUAGAUUGGAAAAAGUGUAUAUUUUCUGGAUUUUCAUUUUCUAGAAAGACACAGAGAUUAAGUAUUUUUUAAUAUUUCUUUUUGUUUGGUGUGCUCUUCUUAUUAAUGAAGAAUUUAGUGAAGUUGGCUAGACCAAGAUAUCACCUAAGCUCAUCACACAUUUAACAUAAACUUUUGCUAGACGUUUUGUAAUCUAAGUUGAUUGAUUUAAAUAUUGUCCUGAUUGUUUGCAUUUAGAUAAUUUGAGGUAGAAGAGUACUAGGAAGGAUUACUAAAUGCCACUAUUUGAUCCAUUAGACCUAUCAUUAAAGGUACUAUAAAUAUAAUGCUUUGAGUGGCAUUCCAGAGGGUGAUUAAGUCAUCUGAUGAAGCAAAGGUUGAGAAAGAAGUAUAAAUGAUGGACACUCAAAAUGGAAAUGUAGUCACAUUAUUGAGGAUAUCACAAGAAUGGUAAAAUCUAUUGUUUGUGCCUGGAACAUAGGUAGAUAUACACUCUGGCUACUUUAUCUUGCACCUCCUGUGCCUAAUAAAAGUCACCACUGAUUCUAUAUUUGUGGUUUUUGCUGCUGUGGCCCAUCCACUUCAAGGACAUAUUGUGUAUUCAGAUAGGGCCUUCUGCACUCCACUGUUAUUUGAGUUGCUGUUGCCUUCCUGACAGCUGGAACCACUCUGGCCAUUCUUCUCUGACCACUCUCAUUAACAAGGUAUUAAUGAGAACCCAUCAAACUGCCACUGCCUGGAUGUUUUUUGUUUCUCACACCAUUCUCUGCAAACUAGAGACGGUUGUGUGUGAAUAUCCCAGGAGAUCAGCAGUUUCUGAAAUACUCAAGCUACCCCUGUCUGGCACCAACCAUCAAUCCAUGGUCAAAGUAGUUUGGGUCACAUUUCUUACCAAUUUUGCUGUCUGGUCUGAACACCAACUGAACCUCUUGACUAUGUCUGCAUGCUUUUUUAUCAAUUGAGUUGCUGCCACAAUGAUUGGCUGAUUAGAUAUUUGCAUUAGCAAGUAGCUGUACAGGUGUACUGUAUCUGGUAAAGCGGCCACUGAGUAUAGAUUAUGGUUCCAGGUACGAAAAGGCAAAAUCUGGUCAAUAUCGAUGUGUUAUAGUUCAGUACUUCUAAACAUCUUUAUGCACAAGGCUGUUUCAUAACAUUGCAAACUUUGAUUUAAUUUGUUUUGUAAUGGAAAUGAGGUCAUCUAAUUGUAAAAUGUAAAUUAUUGAGGACAGAUAUUUUAGCAUUGUUGUAUGUCAGCUACAUUAAUAAGUGGGACAGCAAAUGAGAGCUGUAUCUGUGGAGGCCAAGUCUUUAUGUAUAUUUAAAGCAGAGGUUGACAGAUUCUUGAUUGGUCAGGGCAUGAAAGAAAACGGGGAGAAGGCAGAAGAUUGAAUCAGCCAUGAUGGAAUGGUGGAGCUGACUUGAUAGGCCAAAUGGCCUAACUCUGCUCCUAAAUUUUAUGGCCUUAUGGUCUGAGGAUUUGCAUUUGCAUAUCAGAUUUAAGCAUGUUCUGAAGCACUUGCAAAAAAUGAACAUGUAAAAUGCAAUUAAUGUUAUAAGAUAUAAAGGGCUACAGCUAGUUUGCAUACUGCAAAUACCCAGAAUCAACAGUAAUUGAAUGAGCGAUAAACAUUGAUGAUUAUCACCCUUCCCUUAUGCAAAGUUGUUCUAUAUAGUAUCUGCAUAGAGCCCUGAUUUGAUGUGUUAUCCUGAUGAAAUUUCUUACAACAGAAACACUCCAGAGGUUUGAAUAUGAAAAUCAUUUAACUUCCUUGUGCAGUACCAAAGGAAAUGACAAAUAUUCUCUCACAUGAAAUCUUAACUUCUCAUCUAAGGUCUCAUCUAUUUUUCCAACUGUGCAUAGGUGAUAAUUUGGCAGUUUUAAAGUUCAAAGUAAGUUUGUUCUCAAAGUACAUAUAUGUCACCAUAUACAACCCUGAGACACAUUUUCUUGCGGGCAUACUCAGUAAACCCAUAGAAUAAUAACCGUAGCAGAAUUAUUGAAAGAUUGCACCAAUUUGGUCAUUCAACCAGUGUGCAAAAGACAACAAACUGCAAACAUAAUAAGAAAUAACAAUAAAUAAUUAAUAAUAAUUGAGAACAUGAGAUGAAGAGUCCUUGAAAGUGAGUCUGUAGGUUGUGAGAACAUUCGAAUAAUGGGACAAGUGAAGUAGAAUGAAGUUACCUCCUUUGAUUCAAGAGCCUGAUGGUUGUGGGUAGUGACUGCUCCUGAACCUGGUGGUGUGAGUCCUGAGGCUCUUGUACCUUCUUUCUGAUGACAGAAGUGAGAAGAGAGCAUGUCUUGGGUAGUGGAAGUCCCUGAUGAUGGAUGCUGCUUUCCUACGGCAUUUCAUUAGAAGUGCUCAAAGAUAGGGAGGGCUUCACCAGUGAUGGACUGGGCUGUACCCACAUUUCCCUUCAAGGGCAUUGCUGUUUCCAUACCAGGCUGUUUGCAGCCAGUCAAUAUAUUCUCCACCACACAUCUACAGAAGUUUUAUCAAAGAGAGAACAGGGAGGGAAUUAUCCGCAUUGUUCUUGCUAAUUCUUAUUUAUAUCUUACUAAAGCAGUAUAUCUGGUCAUUGUCUGAUUACUGUUUGUGGAUGUUUGCACUUUGCAAAUAGGCUCUUCCAUUGCCAACAUUGUAGCAUUUACUGCACUUCUGAAGUGCUUCAUUGCCUACAAAGUGCUUUAUGACAUCCUGAAGUAUGAAAUUCGAAGUAAAUUUAUUAUCAUUGAGUUUCAUUUUCUUGUGGGUAUUUGCAGUAGAAUGAAGAAGUACAAUGAAAAACUACACAAAAAAGACUGAAAACAACCAAUGUGCAAAAUAAGACAAACUGCAAAUGCAAAACAAAGUAAUAAUAAAUGCGUAAAUAAAUAAUUCUGAGAGCUUAAGUUGUAGAGUCCUUGUAAGGUGCUAUUUAAACACAGAUCAGGUAUCCAACUUGCUUUCUGUCUCUUUUGUUCAUUCCAUACUAAGAAUGUUUUUCAUUAGUUUAUUGCCCUGAUAUACAAGUUUUUGGUACUUAAGAAAUUACAUUGCUGUAAAUAGUUUGUAUAUAAAUUGACUAUUAAUUCAACCAGUGUUUUCCACUCAUUUUUAACCACAGGCAACAUGUUUCAACUGAUUUAUAAUUUAACAAGUAUCAUAUGCUGAUGCACUUGUGAAACAUUAAGUUCUACUUAAUUUAUAAGUUUUUUGGUUGUUGUGGGAGCCAUUGCCGCUAUCUAAUAUUGAUUGCAGAAUAUUUAAGGAUUGUUGUCGUUCUCCUCCAUCCAGUACCACAAAAGUAUUAGGCACAAAUAAGUAGAAAGAGAUUCGGUUGCUGUGUUUAAUUGAGUUCACAAAAAAAAACAAAAUAGUCCAAGUUUCGCAGUCACCUGUAAACUGAGUAAUUCUUCAAUCAAAAUCAACCAUUUCUGAGGUGUGGCUUUCUACUGAUGUCAUUCUGAUAUUAGCUUGUGGGGAAGUUUCAGGUGUGUAGAAACAACCAUCAUAAAGACCAUGAAAUCUACCACAAAUCUCUCACAUUUAUUAAACUAGACUGUAUGAACUGGAAUUCACUCAUUCCAGUUAUACAGCACUAAUCAAGUUAAACACAUGGUAUAUAUCUUUAAUGUAAAAACAUUUUAAUCUUAGAAUGGAGAACUUGAGAGUCCAUAAUAAUUCAAAUAAUUUUUCAAGAUUGGUAAUUAUGAUUUAAUAAAAGCACUUUUUAAAAACACAGCUCCAUCUUAAUCAUCUAGGUCUUUUUGUACAGCAAUCUGAAGUUAACAUCAGUAAUUUUACAACUUUUUCUCUUAUUCAACUUAAAAUAACCCUUUGUAUUGUACUUAGUAGAAUACUGACUUCAUAUAGCCCUUAGAAGAGGGCAUCAUUGCUAGUAAUUCUUGUACUGCAGUUUAAUUUUGCGUGUGAAAACUCCUGAAAUCUCUGCCAGUUGUACCGUGCAGUGACAGAGAACACUUCAUUACAAAGGCAAAAUAUGGAUAUAUUUUUUGUUUGAAAAGAUAGCUGGAUGUUUGUUCGAAAUUUUAGAUGUUAAGAGUUUAUAUUCAUUUGAGAGCUGCUCAUACUGAUUAAUGUGAGAUUGAUUAACGUUUUGAUCACAUUUUUCCUGUGGUAAUCUAUGAUUUCUUUAAAUGAUUUUCCUUUAUGUUUUCCCGUAUGUAUCUGAAAUAUAUCAAAUGUCAGAAUUAAGUGUGUUGGUGUUUCAAGCCUCUAUGAAUAUAGGUAACCAAAAAUAGAAAAUAUGCUGGCAAAAAAAAGUUUUGUUCAUGGAAAGAAAAUCAUCUCUCUUGUGUGUAUGGUAGCUGGGGGAAAAAUUCUGGAAUGUACAUUUGCAAGUUCAGUGCUUUUUCAUUAUUGAUUUGAUGUGUUGUUCAAUAUGUCCUGUUAAAUAUUGAAACUUUCACAAGCCUGGAAAUGCUGCAAACUUUGACAGUGGUGUUUCAAAGACAUAUUCACUAGGUAAAUAACCACCCAACACCUCACCCUGCAUUUUAUGGAAGAAUGUCAAAGUCUUGUAUAUAAUAGGGACUUUAUAUAAGCUACACAUUAUUCAUUUUAAUUAGUAUGAGAAAUGUCAAAUAUCCAGAGAAGUCCAUUUUUUUAAAAUCAAAAUGUAUGAUUUUGGAGUAGUAAAUGCUUACCCAUACUGUUUGUAAACCAAAGUACUUAAUUUUUUAAAAAUAUACUUAAUUGUUUGUUAUAGUUGUCAAAAAAUGUUGUAGAUAUCUGCUUAAACAUAGUCCACCUACUUCCUUAGUGUAUAGAUCAUAUUGCACAGAAUAAAAAAAACACAAUUAUUGUC